ACCCUUGGCCGGGUACCACCAACAGCAGGUGCAGUCCGGUGGCUCUCGCUGGGCAUGGACAAGGGACAUGACUCGUCGUGGUCGUAUGGCCACGUGCUCGAGCUAGAGAAGCUGGACACCGAUCUGUACCGGACUGCCGAUGUGGGUGCGCUGUGGCACCCUCCAGGCUCAAAGGGUGUGUACGGUGGGCAGGUAGUGGGCCAGGCUGUGGUUGCAGCCCACAUGACCCUCGAUGACGACGACGACGCGUCGGCCUCGAGCCGGAGUGGCGCUUGUGGCGGAUCAGGUGGCCACGAGCUGCACUCGAUGCAUGCCUACUUUCUCAAGCCGGGCAACGCCUCGGUUCCGCUGCUCUUCAAGAUUCGCCGGCUGCUGGAUGGGCGGUCGUUCCGAUCGCGCGCGGUGACCGUCAUCCAAGACGGCGUGCCCAUUGCGCAGCUGCAGGCCUCGUUCCACGUUCCGGAAGACUCGCCGCUGCAAUAUCAGAAGGAGAUGCCACCGGCGCCGAGCCCUGACGAGCAGCCGUCUGUCGGCGAUUUGCUCGGCGCGGCCGCCGCCGACGAGCGCGUGCCGGAGCGGAUGCGCAAGUUCCUCAAGUCGGCCGUGCUCCAGCCGUUCCCUCUCGAGGUUCGCGAAGUCGGCGGCAACCUCGACGAAGCGCUGGCGCCGCUGAUGGACCCGCCACAAACCAUUGCGCCGCGCAAGGCACGCCAGCUGAUGUGGAUGCGCGCCCGCGGCGAGAUCGGGGACUCGCCGCACAUUCACCGUUGCAUCGCCGCCUGGCUCUCCGACUGGGGCCUGACCACCACCCCGCUCGUCGCUGCCGGACUCAAGCUGUACUCGCCGCAGCUCGCCAUGAUCGCCUCGCUCGACCACGCCAUGUGGUUUCACAACCCGUUCCGCGCCGACGAGUGGAUGCUCUACGAGAUGGAGUCCGACUUUGCCGGCUCGGGCCGGGGCGUCACAGCCGGUCGCAUCUACGAUUCGGCCGGCGAGCUCAAGAUCUCGGUUGUCCAGGAGGGCGUCAUCCGCAUCCGCAAAUGAGCGAGGUAGAGGGCGCCGGCAGCAUCAUCUGCACGUAGACUGUCGCGGUUUAUCGCUCGCAGCUUCAUCCAUUGGUAAAGUACGACCAGAACUC